AUGACAUUACGAGAUUUGAAUCAAUUAGACAGGAUGCCGAGUCCCACCAAGGAGACCCUGUCUCCGCUAGGGCCUCUUCCGUCGGCGAUGCAGCUCCACCCCCCGAGAUCUCCGGGCCCUCAACGAACACUCAGGAGAUUGCAGUCGGCCCAUAGCCUGGGAGCGAAGGCUGCUGCCCAACCGUCCCUCAUUUCGCAGCAAAGACUUCAAAUCCAACCGCAGCAACAGGUGCAACCCCAACCCCAGCCCCAGCCCCAGCUCCAGUUCCAGAAUCUGAACCAGCACCUCCAACAACGGUACCCUCCCGCCCCGAGAAGACAUGCGAGCACCAACCGCUCGCCACAGAGAGGACGCUCCAACAGCGACGCGCCGCCGAUCCCCAACGCCGCCCAGUUCACCAACGCAAACAUGACAGCAUCGACAGCAACGCGCCGUUCCGCGCUCGGCAGACGGUCCCUCGCAGCCGACGCCAUGACUCUCGAGAGGCUGCUGCGGGAAGGACCCCCUAACGGCGACGUCGCUAACUCAGGAGCACAGUCUUCGCUCCGCAUAUACGUUUGGCUCAUUCUUCUUAACGCGCCCAUGCUCGAAACCGACAGCUACCUUGCCCUUAUCCACCGCGGCGCGUCGCCGGCCUAUUCCAAGAUUCGCAACGAUACCUUCCGCACUCUUUCUACCGACCCGCUCUUCCGACGUCGCGUGAGCGAGGCAAGUCUUAUACGCCUGCUCAAUGCCUUCGCCUGGACAUUGCAUGAUGCUCGCGAGGGGCGGACGCGCGACCCGAGCGUGGCUAGCAGCACGCGCCAAUCGCUCGACCAGUCGAGUAGCCGACCGGGAACGGGCUACAGCAGUGAUUUUGGAAGCCCGGCCUCCUCUCCGGCGGCAAAAAGAGCGCGUGCUUUAACACUAACGACCGAGGGUUCUGUCACCAGCGUGACGGCCGAACCGGGCACCUAUGUCCAAGGCAUGAACGUCUUGGCAGCCCCCUUCCUGUACGCCGCCCGCAGCGAGGCCGAGGCAUAUGUUGCUUUCCACCAGCUGUUGACCAAGGAGUGUCCGGGCUACAUCCGCGGCGCCAUGGACGGCGUGCACAAGGGGCUGGCCUUGGUCGACAAGGUGCUGGCCAUUGUCGAUCCCAAGCUCAGUCUACACUUGCUGUCCAAAAACCUGUCGGCCGAAAUCUACGCCUUCCCCUCCGUUUUGACGCUUUGCGCCUGCACGCCCCCCUUGCCCGAAGUCCUGAGGCUUUGGGACUUUCUCUUUGCGUACGGGCCGCAUCUUAAUAUUUUGUGCAUCGUUGCGCAGCUGGUUAUGAUCCGCACCAAGAUCAUGGAAUCGCCCAGCCCAAACAAGCUCCUCCGAUCAUUCCCGGCACUCCAGGCCGACCAGAUCAAGGCCACCACGCUCGCCGUAAUCAAAAUGAUACCCGACGAUGUCUACGCCGAAAUCGUUGCCCAUGCCCGGUAA